CACAGGAGCAUGUCGUCCGGACCCGGAGGAGACCCGGAUGCCGAUCUGAUGCUGGCCAUCGAACUGUCCAAGUCAUCGUACGCCGAGGAACAGGCUAACAAGCCGUCGUCGGACGGUGGUGGCGAGAGGUCGCCGCCGCCUCCAUCGCCGACGUCUGCUUCCUCGGGCAAGACUGCUGCACGCAUUUCGCCGCUCUCCACUGCACUGGACGAGUUGGUGGCCUUUCUCAAAGAGGCAGACCUUCUGGCUGCGCUCGUCUGGUCGCCGCCCAAGGUCAAGGCCCACAUUCAUCCGCUGCUCCUGGUCAUCCAGGCCACGCCCGAGCCGAACGUCGACCAGCUCGAGUACAUCACGGCGCUGGUCAAUCUCUUUGUCUCCUCGCUCCUUGCUGCAGACUUCUCCAAGCUCGUCCGCGGCCGCAGCGAUGCCGGCCACGAGCUGCUGGCCCAGUUUGUCCGCGAGCUUGUCGCAUGCCUCGCCUCGGCUGUUCUUGGCUACCUCGAGUACACCUCGUCGGACACCUUUGCCGCCUUUGCUAUGACUGCCGGCGCCAACGACGCCGACCCGUUGCGUGCCCGCCUUGAUUUGGCCGCUCGUGUCGCCGCCAUCCGCUCGAGCCUCCUCGUCCUCCUCACCACCCUCACCUCGCCCAAGGUUGUCAUUACCAAGGGCGCACUCGCCCGUCUCCGUCUCGACUUUAAGGCCCAGCCGCCGGCCUUUGACGACGCCGAGUACACCGACGCCACCGCUCCGCCGCAUGUCACCCUCCUCGACCUCGACGCGUACCUUGCCGAGAGCCCACAGUCGGCCACCCGCGCAAAGUGGAAGGCACCGGCGCGCUGGAAGUCGCAGGCCUCAUCCGCCGGUGAUCCGGGCACAGGGGCCGAGUCGGCUACUACCGUGUCAGGCGACGCCUCCUCGGCAGCGCCUGCCAGCCCUACACUCAACAAUCCGCUCGCUGCCAAGCUCGCUGCACUCGUCCGCGUCCUCCCUCCGGCACCCGAGUCUGGCCUCGCCUCGCCUCUCGCGGGCGCUGGGCAGGCCGGAUCAGGGUCCUCGGCUGGCGCGGGAGUCGCAGACACUACCGAGCCGGCCGACGGUGCUGCCGCGGCUGCCGCGGCGAGCACUCCGCCGCUAACUCGCGCGCUGCUUCUCACGGAGACUGCGGCCGUAGUCUUUGGCGAGCUCCGCGGUGUUGCCCGCCUCCUCGGCAUGUGUCUUGCACUCCUCUCCUCCCCGCCUCCGCUCGACGACCCGGUCGCUGCUGUUGAAGCCUCGUCGCUCGUCGACUUUGUCGUUGCCACCGUCGAGCUCGGCGGAGCCGUUCCCGACGCUUUCCGGUCGCCCGACCACGCUCUUCGGGCCGCUGCGCUUGCGCUUGCCCUCGUCGACGUCUACGAGGCCUCGCUUGCCGCCGCCGCCGCCCGCGCCGAGGUUCCGAGCUGCGACGACGCCGUUGCUGCCGACGCCGACGGCCUGGCCGCCGCCAAUGCCACUGCCAGCUGGCACGGCUCGCUAGUCGCGCCCGACACACUUGCUGCCGUCCUCGACUUUGCCGCCGUCCACUGCGACUCGCGGGUCCUCGCCACCAACACAGCACUGGCCCUUGGUCUCCGGAUCCUGCUCUCGGGCCCGCGCGGCGCAGGCGUGUCGCUCGCUGCGCUCGACGGACCCGCCCUUGCCGCCUGGCAAGGCCCGCGGUCGCUCUUCCUCAACGCCGAGCUCCUCCGCUACGGCACCUCGCUCAUUCUUGCCGAGCUCUCGCGCCCGCCCACUGCCGCGCUCUCCAUCCCGGUCUUUUCGCCGAGCGCCCCGGCCUCGGCCCUCGAGCUCCUGCCCGGCCUCACGCUGGACCUUGCCGAGGCCCACAGCCCGGCCGAGCUCACUGCCACGCUUGCGCCGCUUCUCCUCGACAGCGCGCUUGUCGUCCUGCUUCUGGCUUACGCUGCCGAGCCUACCGCGCCGAAUGGCGGCGCAGAUACGUCGGAAGGCGCAACCAGUUCGAUGCUUGCAUCUGCGGCUUCGCCCAAGACGCCUGCCUCGCAGUUGUCAUCCGGCGGCCCGCCGCCGCCUCCACCACCGCCGCCGCCGCCGACCAUUCCGGCCUCGCGCGUUGCCCACAAGCGUCGCGACCGCGACGACGAUGAUGAAGACAGCGACGACGUUGACAUGUUCUUCGGCGGCCUCUUUGACGACGACUCGGAGGACCCCGCUUGUGAGGGAGAGUCCAAGGACGCGGCUGCCGCGGCGUCGGUUGCUGCGACCAGCGCGCUUGCUGCCGGUCCGCCGGCCGCGCCCGCUGUCCGCUGCCUCUUCACCUCGCGCGCCAUCGCCCGGUUUGGCGACGCGCCGAGCAGGGCCUCCAUGGCGGCCGCUGCCGCCGCCGAUGCUGCCGUGCUCGCUCGCCACCUGCACUCGCUCCUUGUCCGUCACAUCUUUGUGGCAAAGGAUGCUCUCGGAGAGCUCACCCCACUCGGCCGUGCGUUGGCCUCCGCCGUUGCCGAGAACAGCGUUUUUCACAAGGCCCACCUCGACGCCAUCCUCCUCGUUUGCGCCUCUUGCGCUGCGCCUGUUCCGGGCUCUGCCGUCGCUGCAACCGACGCUACUGCGGAGCAAGGCAAGGCGGGUCUGACGACUCCGCUCGUCUCGGCCGGGCCUCUGCGGACAGCGUUCCGGCUCCUCACUCAGCACGUGGUCGCGUACGGCUUCCUCACGCCGCCGCUCGUCGACGCCGCCCUCGACGCCGCAGGCCUUGCUGCCGGCAUCUGGCCGCUCAACAUGUCCACCGAAACCCUUGUCUUUGUCACGCGGGUCAUCGUGUAUGUCCUCUCGCCGCACUCGACACACGCAUCCACCGCCGCAAGCCUCGCGCCUCGCGUCUGGACCUCCUUUGCCGCUUCGCUUGCCGCAGCCUCGGCUGGCGCGCUCGCGGCAUCGGCGUCGGCUUGGGAGCUCCACCUGCCGCGCGAGGCUAGCCUCGUCCUUCUCCUCGUCUUUGCGCUCCUUGAGCGCGAGGAGCAGGCCAACUACCUUGGCGCGGUCGCCGAUGUGGUCGUCGACCUCUCUGCUGCUUCGAACGCUGCGCCGGCGCGGGUUCUUUUCCUCGGCCACCUUGUCCAGCUGUACGAGGCCAUGGCAAGCCUCGCGGCGUCGGCAAGCGCCGUAGACAAGCUGCCGUCGUGGCUCGUCGAGGUCGUGACUGGCGAGGUCCUCGGCGCCACCCCUGGCGCGCCUGCCUCGGUCGCCUGGCCUGCCCCGCUCGCCGCCCACAACGCCGACUCGCUGCAGGCUCUUGCCGAUGAGCUCGACGCGGCCAACGAACUGUACCCUCCGUUUUCGGCAGUCUUCUUUGAGCUCCUCCCGCCGGCGCUCACCCGUGACCCGUCACCGCUUGCAGAGCUUCCGUCCGCCGCCUACGGUGCCGCCUCGCUCCUGACCUUCACGCUGCGCUCGACGCCGCCGCAAGUUCUCCUCCCGCUCCUUGCCGAGCCGGCCGCGUUUUGGGCGGACGUCCCGCGCGAUCUUCGCGGCGCACACGCUCUCCGCACCCUUGCCCGCGUCAUGACGCUUGACGCCGGCGUGCCCCCGGAGACAGUUGCCAACUUUGAUAUCACCGCCUCGCUCGACGCCCUCUUUGCGCUCUAUACCUCGCUCGCCAACGCGCCGUCUGAUGCGCUCGCUCCAGGUGGCUCGCGCUUUGCCCACUUUCUGGCCCUCUGGCUCGAGACCGUGCUCGGCCUCGCCGCCGGCCCGGCCCCGUCUGCUGAUGCUGACGACGCCACCGCUGCUCGCGCCGCCGCCUUUCACGCGGCACUCACGUCGUACGUCGACUCGCACGCACCGCAGCUCCUCAACGCCUCGGUUUCACUCAUUCAGGCCACGGCCACCGCCUCGCGCGAGCUGGUCCUCUCGGUCCUCUCCUCGCCACCGGACGCAGCCGACCUUGCCCCGGGCGUGCUCGACUCCAAGGUUCGCGCUCUCGACGCCAUCAUGACUCUUGGCUCGACCAAGGCCAAAGUCAAGUCGGUCAUGUCACGCGCAGGCUUUCCGGAUGAUCUCUGCACCGCAUUGAGCACCUGGUCCGACUUUCGGGGCUCGCGUCUCGCCACGCUCUCCGGCUUUGUCGACGUUGAGCUCGACGCGCCGGCGCCGGCGCCGGCUGCGUUCCAGACCCCGUCGGGCAAGGGCGUCCGCAGCACGUCGUCUGCUCCUCCCGCCUCACCGGCGCCGAGCAAGUCGAGCUCGCUGGCACCGGGCCUCCGCGCCGAGGCUCGGCCAGCCCCGUCGGACGAGAAUGCCUGGGGUCUCCUUGCCCUGCCACAGCCGGCGGCCAUGGCCGCCGCCGCACUCUCGGGCGCUCUCCUCCCACCGCCCACUGCCUGUGCCGCCAAGGUGGACGCAGGCCGGCUCUCGCGCCUCCUCACGGCCCUCGUCUCACUACUCAGCACUGUCACCGACGUGCUCGAGGCGACCAACGAAGCCUCGCUUGCUGAGCUCGACGUCAUCGCCACUCACUUACCGGACCUGCUCCCACCGCUUCUUGACUUUGUCUUUGACUCGCGCUUCGACUUUCUCAAGCAGGGCGUCCGAUCCAUCAUCGAGUCGCUCCUGCCGACCACCGAGCAGUUUACCAACACUGCCGACCUUUUCAAGCUCCAGCGCCUCGAGCGGCUCUUCACCGACGUGGCUGUCGCUCAGGGCGACACUGCCGCCGUGCCGGCCACGCCCGUCGCCGACACGGGCGCCUCUUGGGCUGUCCACAUGCAUGCCGGCGGCUCAUUUGCCGCCAUCGAGCCGAUCAUCCUCGACGCGCUCACCUACUUUGAGAAGCUCGCCAAGUGCUCGCGCGCCCGCAACGUCGGUGUCUUUUACUCGGUCAUUGACGCCGAGGCCGCGACCGCGCCCGAAGGCGCCGCCCCGCGCUUCCCAGCCGGCGUCGACCUUCCGCGUGGCUCGCUCGCCCCGCUCCUCAAGCUCCUCAUCCACAACACCUCGCUUGACAUUAACCGCACCGCGCUGCAGUACCUGCUUCUGCUCCUCUCCCAGACCCACGGCGACCUCAUCAAGGCCGACCAGCGUUCCGGAACCAAGAAGAGCAAGCUCGCCCGCCUCCGCAGUGCGUCGCCGGCCUCGUCACCGCGAAGCUCCGGCUCCGGCCCCGGAUCCGGCUCCGGUCCCUCGCUCUCUGCUGAUGAGCUCGCCGCGCCGGUCUAUUUUGACUACGUCCUCGCCUCGCUUGCAAGCCUGGAGCCGGCAGGGCGCCGGACGUGGUUCGCAGAAAAGCUGCUUGGCACUCUAGUCGCACCUGUGGCGGCCGACGCCGAGCCGACGGUCGCAGCCCCGCCACGCGAGCUCCGCGCCCUCACCGCCCGCUUUAUCCGCCGCCUCGUUCGCAUGGGCUCAUCCGCGGCCGCCCGCGCCGCAAGCGCCACCGAGCCCGAUCCGUCGCCGACCUCGGGCACAUCGCCGGCGUCGACCGUCACUAACACCGUCCAGUCGCUCCUCGACUCACAUCCAUCCGAAGCCGGCCAGCUCGUCUUUGACGCACUCCUCGCUUCGCUCGAUGACGCCUUUUCCACCUACGCCGGGUGCGCACAAGAGUACUUUUACCUUUUGCAGGAGCUCGCUCUUGCCCAGAACCAGCUUCCGACCCUGCUCGAGGCCGUCGUUGCCCUGCUCAAGGUGUGGAACGCAGCGCCGGACCCGACGGCCGUCUUGCUCUCCACGCCGCGGCUGCAGGGCCUCGGCAUGCUCCUCGACUUUGUUCGCGAACUCAUGCUCCUCUGCAAGCAGCACGCGCCACUACAGUCGUCUAACAUGGGCCGCUCCGUCUCGCUCGAGAACAUUGCCGCUCUCGCCGCCAUGCGCUCCGGUCUUGCCUCUCCCAAGACCCCGUCGAACCGCCCGCUCCCGCCCAUGGCGCUCUCCACGCCAAUCCGUCCGGCUCAAGACUCGGCCGCACUCGCCGCGCUCGCCGAGGCAAAGGACGGCAUCCUCUCCGACCUCGCUUCGGAGCUCACCCAGGCCUCGUCGGCCGUCGCUCCCGACGCCGAAGACGCCCUGCUCGAGUACCGCAUGUCACAGCUGGCCCAGCUCCGCUCCGAUGUGACCGCAAGCCCGGGCAGCGGUGCCACCGACAGCUCUCGCCCCGCAUCUGAUGGCCCGACCCCGCUGACGUUUGGCGGCCAGUCCAAGGCCGAGCGCGAGGCGCAGGAGCUCGCGAGCCUCUGCUGCACCUUUAAGGAUACCGGCACAGACUACUCGCAGCAGCAUUGGUACUACUGCUACACCUGCUCGCUCGUCUACUCGGAGGGGUGCUGCUCGGUCUGCGCGCGCGUGUGCCACGACGGCCACGAUCUCUCCUACGCCCGCUACUCGCGUUUCUUCUGCGACUGCGGCGCCGGCGCCGGCCGCGGCGGUGGCUGCAUUGCUCUCCACCCACGCGAGUACGUCCCCGGCCUCGCCGACGCCAAGGCCAAGGCCACUGCCGGCGACGACCGCGACGACCGCGACAACGCCGAGACCGGCCCGCCGCUCACCCCAUCGUCCGCCCGCUCGCCAAACAAGGACCCGUUCCGUGGCCUCGAUACCUCCAAGCUCGAGGCCGAGAUGGAGGCGCUCUCGCUCGCGUCGCAGAUCUCACAGCACGCCCGUGAGCCGCUUGUCCGGCUCCUCAAGGACGAGGGCACUGCCUCGGUCGUCCUCCGCCUUGCCUCAGCCCUUCUUCUCGCCGCGAAGGACGCCACCGCUGCGGCUGCCGCGGCAGCCACCCAGGGCGGUGCGGGGUCGGCAGCGACCGCGUCUCACUCGGACGUCCUGCCCUCGUACCUUGAGUCGGACAAGUUCAACGCGUCCGCGUCCGUGACCAAGGCCUCGUCGUCGAUCCUCUUCCAGCAGACCCACACCUCGUCGGGCACUUUUACGCCACAGUUUCAAGAGUCCGAGUCGCGCGCCACCGCCGAGCUCAUCCAGCAGGCUCUCAUCAAGCGCGCAGUGGUUGCUUUUGAUCCUGCGAGCCGCAUGGCGUACGCGGAAGGCGCUUGUGUCGUGCUUGCUGACGGCACUGCCCUUGGCUCUACAGAGUCCUCGUCGUCGCUCAACAAGUCGGCGCUCCCGCAGCUUUGCUCGACCAACCUUGAGUUUGAGCCGUUGUACAUGACGUUCAACCCCGCGGCGCCGGCCUUUCUUGCCGUCGCCGGUCUUCGCAAGGCCGCAGUUGUCACCUACAACGCGUCUGGCACCGCCGUCGACAUUCUGCCGAUCAUGCUCUCGCUUGAGCUCUUUGGCGGCUCGCUUGUCAUCCUCGGCGUCCACUGGGUGCCAGGCUCGGAGACCAAGCUUGUUGUCGCCACCAACCAGUGGGUCAAGGUCUACGACCUUUCAUCGGACACCUUUGCGCCCAUCAACUACUUUUCCAUGGAUGGCAUCGACAGCAUUCGUGACAUUACCGUGACCACGGAUCCAGCGGCGGACGUCCCACUCAUGUUCAUCAUCACUGGGCGCGGGCUCAUUUUCAAGCAGCAGAUUUUCGACGCUGCCGACGGCGGCGAGUACAUCAUCACCGACGCCGUUGCCAUCGAGCCCUCGGUCCGCUCCAACAAGGGUAUCGCCAUCGAGUACUCAACAACGCUCCGCGUUCUCUUUGCCUCGUACGGCAACGGCUCGGCGUAUGCCUACCGCCUCGACGAGUCAAUGGGCAUCGCCUACGAGGCCCUCGAGCUCAAGAACUCGUCGUCGUUUGACUCGCCCUCGUUCUCCUCGGGCUCGUCUAGCUCGUUCUACUCGUCCAAGAAAAAGUCGCGCUCGCUCCCGCUCAAUCCGACUAUCGAUACCUACUCGCGCUUCAUCGAGCUCCCACAGUACCGUGGCCUCGUCCUUGCCCUCUCCAAGUCGGGCUUUGUCCCGGUUGUCUUUCUCUUUGAGGGCAGCUCUGUCACAUACCAGAAGCUCUCGUGCAACUCGACGUCGUACAUUGUUGGCUGCGCCCCGUUGGUGCCCAAGGUCGAUGACCUCUCGGCUUACGCACCCGGAUUCUCCAUUCUCCAGGACGACGGCACCCUCUCCAUCUUUGCCCUCACCAACUCGCAGCGCUCCAAGCUCCGCGCCCUCAAGUACGGAAGCCAAUCAAGCGCGAACAGCGGCUCGGGCCAGGCUGGAGGCAAGUCAUCGGCCUCGGGCGAGGCCUCGAGCUCCAACUCUCGCGGCCGCAUCUCGCGUGGGGAGCUGGCCAUUGGCCGCCGCACGCUUCGCUCGCGCUCCAAGUCUGGGGGCAAGGGCUCGCGGAACGACAGCAGCAACAGCAGUGGCGGCGGCGAUAGCGUCGACGCGGCUUCCAGCAAGUCCGGAAAGACCGUCUCGUGGAAUGUUGCGACCGAUGGUGGUGACUCGGGGCUCGCGCCGGCGUCGCGUCUCUCAGACGCAGCGUACGACCCAGCAAAACUCUCGGUAUUUGGCGCACUCGUCGAGACUUACCGACAGGCCACCGACCGUGACGACGAAGACGAUGCUGUCAGCAGCUCGGCCCGUGGCCCACAGGGCUCGGGCUCGGGCUCGGGCAAGCACUCGAGCAAGCGAGGCAAGAAGAAGACAAAGAAGGGCCCCGGGAGCUCCGGCAGCUCCGGCGGCUCGGGCACUGAAACCGACGACGACGAUGCCAGCUCGUGGCCCUCGCUUCCGGCCACGUUUUUCGAGGACAAGCGCCGGGUCACGUCCAGCGUCACCUUUACCGGCGAUCUUCCGUCAGGCAUGUCGUCGUCCGAGGCUCAUUCGCGGCUGACGUCGACCGACAACUCGCUCGUUGCACCGUCGACCACCAUGCGCCUCACGGUGGCCAUCAACGACUCGUCGGUGGUUCUUUGUGGUGUCCGCAUUCUGCUUGGCAACUCGGACCUUGCCGCUAUCCCGCAGCAUGUCAAGGUCCACGGCCGGACCCUCAAGACCAAGUCUGACGUCCGCCGUUGGUACGACAUUCCGUUUACCCUCGACGAGUCAGUCCAGUCCGAGUCGCAGUUUGAGAUGGAGUUUGGCGCGCCGGCUUGCUCGGGCUACUCAUCGGUUCAUCCUGCUGUUGACCAGAUCGAGGUCUACGGCCUUGCCAAGUCGGACUUUGACUAUGAAGCUGCGUUGACCGCCGCCGCUGAAAAGGCCGCCGCCGCCGAGAAGGCUGCCUGCUCGGCUUCCGCCAACUCCGCCGCCGACUCGGCCGCCGCGAAUGCCGGCAAGCCCGAGGUUGUCUCACAGGUCGAAACUGUUGCCCAGUCGGCUCUUGCCAUCCUCUCCGAGUACUUUACGCUCGCGCUCACCUCGUCGUCGCUGCUCAUGGCCGACCCGCUGCGGGCAGACAUUCUGGAGCGCCUCCCCGCACUGCUUGCCGCCCACUCGACAGGCCCGCUACAUGUGCCGCUCAAGGCGUUGCUGCGGGCAACGCACGGCUCAGCCGACGCCUACUACCGUUCGUCCGACCAUGUCAUGCUCUCCAAUCUGGCGGACGAGCUGGCGGCGGCGACCGUUGCGGGCACCGCUCUACCACCGGCCGUGCUCGAGGCCCACAUCAGAACACUGCGCAAGCUCUCAAACCAUCGGCUCUCGAACCUCUCGCUCUUCCUCCUCCGCUCGCCCACGGUCAUCGACGCCGUCUGCCACGCCUUUUGGGCUGUGGUCGACUCGGCUCCCGGCCUGGCGGCUUUCGAACUACCCGAGGAUGUGGCGUCGGGCCUUGCCGAGGUUCUUUACGGCUACGCCCUGCAUCUCAACGCGCUCUGCAGCGUGCCGGCCGAGGCCGUCACGGCCGUUGCACCGGCCUUUGUCCACCUGCGCAAGCUCCUGCUCACGCCCCACUCGCGAACUCUACGGGCAGUCACCGCCCGCUCGCUGGCAUCGAUCGGGCGGACCGCGCUUGAUCCAGAGCUCGCCGCUGCUCAGGGCGAUCCCAACGAGCUUUCAGUGGCGACAGCCGGUGCUGCCCUCGAUGCCCUCUACCGCUCGACUGAAGGCAAAGCAUGCGAUGGGUGCGGGACGAGACCCAUCGUCUCUGUCCGCUUCCACUGCGCACAGUGCGUCUCGUUUGACCUCUGCGCCGGCUGCGCCGCCGCCCAUGCCGCGCCCAAGGGCUCGGCCGGCCCGGCCCGCACCGCGCUCGAGGCCAAGGCCGAGCUUCGUGGCCACUCAUUCGACCACAACCUUGUCGAGGUGCCCAUCUUUGGCGAACUCCCCACGCUCGAGAGCUUCCUCGGCAGCCUGGAUGCCGAGUCGGACGCUAUGGCAGGCGCCUCGCUGGCCUUUGGCACUGGCCUUGCAGCUGACCUUCCGCGCCACAUUCUCACCCACCUCCUUGACUCGGUUGCCGAAGCGGUGGAGAGUGGGCUGACGACGCCGGAUGCUGCACUCCGCGGCGACCAGCUAGUGCCGCUGCUGCAGGUUGUCUACGCACUCGCGUCAAACGGUCUCCGCGACGUGUGGAGCGACCUCGAUGAGCUCUCGCCGGCACUCUCGCGAGAGGUCCUUGCUCACCGCAUGUCGAUCUUUGUCUCCAAGGUUCUCCCGCCGCAACUCGCACAGUCUGUCGACAGCCUCGCCCCGCACGAGGCCACACCGCUCGGCGAAGCUUACCUCCUCUCGAUCUCGCUCGUCACGCUGCUGACCUCGGACCGUGAGACGGUGUUUGCACUCGCGGCCGAGGCUGCCAACUCGGGCUCGACCUCAAACGACGCCGAGCUGACAUCCGAGCCGGUGUCCGGCGAGGCGGCGACGUCGUCAUCGUCUAAGCGCGGCGGCCUGGUUGUCGACACCUCUCGCGACCAGGUCCAUGUCAUGGACAAGGCGCGCGAGUCCCGUCGAUUCAAGGCCAUGCACGACGCGCUCGACGCGCUUGUCGGAGCUGUUGCCACCUCGCCGGCGGUCACCACCGCCGUCGCUGUCCUUCGCAAGCUCCUGGAGACUCGCUUCCUCUCGCGCUCGCCGGACGCACUCGAGGCCUCGCGUGCAUCGCGCGGCAGCGUGGCGCACUCGAUGCCGGGCGCGCUGCUCAAGUCGGCGCCCAAGGUCGAGCCAGUGUACCCGCUCUCGCCGUUCUUUGCUGAGGACUUUGUGGCGAGCAGGUGCAAGUCAGGCAAGGCUGAUGCGCUCUUUGCCGACUUUUCUGACCUUCUUGCUCGCGGCCUUCUCAAGUUCCUCGGCUCACUCUUCCCGAUUCGCGACCCAGGCGUUCCCGAGACCAAAGUCGACGAAGCCGGCAAGGGCGAGGGCGAGGGCGAGGGCGAGGGCAAGGGCAAGGAUGAUGCUGAAUCCGAAGCCAGCGCCGAGGCCGAGGCCGAGCCGGUCACCCGCGACGCGGUCGCAGCCGAGUUUACGCAGGCCUUUGCAGGCUUUGUGUGGGACGAGGUGACACUCGAGCCAAGCUCACCAGUGGUUGCUGCGCUUGCGGAAGCCGACGUCCUCGACCUGCUCUGCGCCUAUGUGGAGACGCCGCAGACCGCGUUUGCGCGGAUGGAUGCCAAAAUGGUGCUUCUCUCCGUGGCCGGUUCGAUCAAGACUCUUUACCAGCUCCGCGACCGGUAUGCGCUGCAGCAGGCCGAGGCAGCGCUCGACGCGCUUGCUGCGGCCUCGCACAACUUUGACGACGAGCUGCCGUACGAUGCGACAGUCACCUUUAUCCAGACGACCAAGGCCAUGCUCGCCAUUGCCGCGGCGCGGCCGGCCAACUGGCAGGCGUACACGGCGUCGCGACCGGCACUGCUGGCCCGGCUACUGGGCGUGGUGCCCAAGGUGCCGCACGAGACAUGGGAGACUCUGCUCCAGUUGGCUGUCCUUGCCCUUGUCUCGCUCCCGCUGCUGGAGGCGCUGAAGGCCAAGGCAGCCGCAGCGGGCGGAAGUGACGUCGACGAGAGUGAUGGCGAUGCGGCGCUGGGCGACUUUGACCUCUACGCACCGGCUGGCCUCACCACCGAGAGCCUGACCGGACUUGGUCGCACAGCGCUCAAGGCGUGGCAGGCGAGCACCACGAGCGCUAAGCCUGGCGACGGGCUCAACGUCUCGGUCUUGGUGCCUACCGCCGAGGGCAUUCCUGUUGUUCCGCUUCCGCGUGGCGCGCUGCUCGCACUCGAUGGGGUGCAGGACGAGGUCUCUGACCUUGUCGACGCGCUCCUCCUGCAUACCAACCAGGGGAGCAUCCGCGCACACGCGCGCAACUUUUUGCACUGGCUCUGGCACUCGGCGUCGGACGAGCAGCGACUGGCGCUGUUUGAGACACUGGCGGCCAAGCUGCAGUUUGUCUCGGCGUACGGCCGGAAUGGGCUCGAGUACACCGAGCUCAUGACGUUUGUCAUCGGCGAGCUCGAGCUCGAUGCCGAGGCCACGGCGAGGCCCGGGGCGCUUGUGCCGUCGCAAACGUCGAUGGAGUGCUUGUACGACGCGCUCAUGUCUGGCCUCUCGGUGCAGAACGCGCUUGUUGCAGACCAUCCCAACUCGCACAUGUACCGCACGCUCUCUUCGCUUGUCGACUUUGACGGCUACUAUCUCGAGGCCGACCCGUGCCUGGUGUGCAAUGACCCAGAGGCACCGUUCUCAGGCGUUGCGCUCGACGACCUCAAGGCCGAGAGCAAGUCGACCGACUCGACGGUGGUGGUCCGGUUUGAGCGGUCGAUGGACAUUUCGUUUGUGGCUGUCCGCAUUGGCGAAGGCCGGCAGUCGGGCAAGUCUGUGGCGCUCAUCAAGCUCUACUACAACAACAAGCCAGCGGACAUGAUGGAGCUCAAGAACAACGAGUCGCUUUGGACGUCUACGCUCUCGAUCAAGGUCCCUCGCGGAGCGUCGGAGGCCAAGGUCGAGCUCCCUAUUCCGGUCACGGCGCUCAACUUUAAGCUCGAGUACGCCGAGCUGUACGACAAUGUUCGUGCGCUCGCAAACGAGCGGCUGAUGUGCCCGCGGUGCUCGCGGCCAGUGAGCGACCGGCACGGCGUGUGCUCCAAUUGCCACGAAAACGCGUACCAGUGCCGGCAGUGCCGCAACAUCAACUACGAGAACCUCGAGGCCUUUCUCUGCAACGAGUGUGGCUACUGCCGCUACGGCCGCUUUGACUUUAUGUUCCUUGCGAGGCAGAGUUUCUCGGCUGACAAGAUUGUCGACGACGACGACUACCGCAAGGCGCUGGAGACCAUCGACCGCGAAUCGGCCAACGCGCAUCGGCGGUACAAGCAGAUGCUCGAGCUCAAGGCACCGAUGGCUUCGCUGGCGCAGGCCAUUCCCGACCCGUCGCUCUCGGCUGCCGACGUCCUGCGCCCGCUCGUGGGCUCAUCGGUUGCUGCACAUCUGCCGUCGAGCAUCACGAGCUCGGAGAGCAAAAAAAGCCCUGGUGUUAACUCGAAGAUCUCGGCGCUCGCAGAGAUGUACGGCAAGUCGUGCAAGUCGGCGUUCAACUCGCUCUCGCACUCGGUGCAAACGCUGCUGGGCACGCGACGCGAGCUGGUGGCGUACCUCAAGCGGAGUGCAAGCGGGCGGAGCGGCGCCAGCCGCAAGUCGCACAGCGUCCAGCUCCGCUGCACCAACGAGUGCUUUGGCUGUGGCAACGCGUUUGUGUCCAACGCGCUUGCGCUGCUCGAGGAGCUGGCGACUAAGAAGUCGGCGCGGUCAGCCCUCGUCGCCCGCGGCGUCAUCCAGGAGCUGGUGGGCAACAACCUGCACCAGGGCUCAGCCGAUGCCCGUGGCGAUGCCCGCCGCGUUCUCACUGCGUACGUGCAGGACAACGAGGAGGGCACGGCCCUUGUCAACGAUCUCCUCCGCAACAAGCUCAACUUUGUCCUCUCGUCGCACCGGGCUCUCGACGUGGCGGCGGUGAUCAAGAACGAGAUGCAACUCCUCCGCGAUGUGUGUCUGUUGGAGGACUCGUGCUGGGAGUCGCGGCUGCGGCUGACAAUGGAGACAUUCUUCUCGGCGGUCAAGGUGGGUGCCUCGUCGCCGAUCCUCACCCAGUCGAUCAUCCUGCCGUGCCUCCGCAUCGUUGUUGCGCUCUGCUCCGAGCCUGGCGCCGCAAGCGAGGCUGGGAGCGACGAGGCUGGUACGAGCGCCCGGGACAAGUCACCGGCGCCGUCACAGGCUGCUGCGCUUGACGGCUCGAAUCAGAACCUCGAUCUCGACGCGUUCAUGGUGGAGCAAAUCUUGACCUCCACGCCCGAUUUGAAUCCCGACGACUUGCCGCCGGAGAUCCGAAGGAGUGUGAUGCGGCUGAUGGCGAGGCGGGGCUUGUCUGGCCGUGACGCCGCCGGCGGAAGUGAGCCGACGAGCGAGGUCGAGGCCGAGGCUGAAGCUGAGGCCGAGACCGGAGGUGACGAGGUUACCGAGCUCGCGACGACAACUGCGGCUGUCGAGGGUGCGCCGCGAGUGUCGUACGGCGCGUGGGCUAGCGGGAGCGAGGACUACAGCUCGUGGCGCGAGGGCUUGGCGAGCGAGGGAAGGCGCGAGCGUGCGAUGGGCAAGACAAGCGUGCGUGCGCGGUACCUCGCGGAAAAGUACGUAAGCAAGUGGCGGGCAGCGAUGGGCCGCCCGCCUGUUGUCUCGCCGCUUGCGGCUUUUGCGGAGCAGUCAUGGGUGGCGACGCUCCUCCUCUCGCCGUGCUCUGUUGAGGUGCGGGCCGAGACUGUGCGGCUGAUCAACUCGCUCUGCGCCGAGUCUGAGGACCGGACGUUCCGGUUCCUCGACUUUGCGACCAACUUGCUCGGCGAGGCCGGGCGUGCGGGCGACGCGUCAAAGGAGCUCUUUGGGCUCGUGGAGGCGCUGGUCAAUUCGGAGGCGCAAAUUUGCUACCUGACGGCGCGCGGGUUCCUCUCCAAGCUCGCGCAGUUUAUUGUGGAUGAGGUUGAGCGGAUCCGAUCGCUGGAGACGCAGCUCACGACGGACAUUGCACAGGGCUAUGUGCUCAAGUUCCUAACGAACCUGCUUGUGCGGUUUGUGGCUGUGGCACCUGUGCGGGCGCGGUUCAAGAGCGAGCAGCUCAUUGUGCAUGUGCUCGACGCAUUCCUAUCUCUCCGCGGGCUCAUUGUGCAGAAGACCAAGCUGACGGAGGACGCUGCGGUGCAGCUGCAGAAGCUCAUUGGCGACCUCAACGCGGAGAGCGAGGCCGACACGGUCAACUACAUGGUGGCAUGCAUCAAGGCACUCGACAACCACGGCGAGGGACGGACGCCAAUCUUCAUCUUUGAGCAGCUGUGCUCGAUUGUGUGCCCGGAGAAGGUUGAGCCUGAGGUGUUUGUCAACCUCAAGAAGAGUCGGACGCAGGAAGAGUUUAUUCGCGGUUCGAUGAACAAGAACCCGUACUCGUCGAACGAGGUUGGGCCGCUCAUGCGCGACGUGAAGAACAAGAUCUGCCGUGACCUCGAGCUGUACGGACUCAUCGAUGACGAUAACGGGAUGGAGCUGCUUGUGCGGAACCGCAACGCGCGCGAGCCCAAGGUCUCUAUCAUCUCGCUCUCGCUCCCGGUGACGGUGGUGUACGAAAAGGUGUGGCAGACGACGUCGUCGGACGGAACGGGAUCGACAGACCCAAUGGAGGUGACGUUCCGGCUGCAGGGACUCGACGGCGAGGCGACGGAGCCGAUGAUUGACGAGCUCGAGGAGGAAGAGACCGAGGAGGUCGAUCCGGAGGUGGAGCACGCGCUGACGGGCAUCUUUGCCUCGUGCGGCGGCAUUGCAGCGAUGGUGUCGCGAAUUGCGGCGAUCUCGGAAUUUGACGCGGCGCGCGAAGAGGCUGCGCUUGUGCUGCGGCUGCUGGGGACGGCGUGCAAGAUUGCUGUCAAUCGCAAGGCCAUGCUGGAGUUGAAUGCGGUGCCGACACUGCUGGACAAGCUCAUGAUCACGUUCCCGCAGGAGGAGCAGGUCGACAUUGCCGAGGGCCUCCUCCUUGUGCUAGAAAAGGUGGUGCUCGAGGCUGCGAGCUCCGAGGCCGCGAGCGGGCGCGAGGCUGUGUCGGACGAGGAGGUGUGCCGGCAAGUCGGGAUGUUCCUGGACAAGCUGGCGUCGCCGCUGGUGCGGAAGAACAAGGCGCUGGUCAAGUCGAUGACACGGAUCUUGCCGUUCCUGACGCUCGGCUCGCGGCCGGGCAUGGAGCGGCUUGCCGAGUUCUUUGGGCCCGUGUGUGACUUUGAGGCCUUUGACGCUGCGCCCGACGACGCGCUCAAGGUUCUGUACCUCGAGUCUUUUAUUGCCUUUGCGCACGCGAUUCCGGCCGACGCCGGCGGAGCGAGCCUCAAGGAUCUGCUUCUCGACGCCGGGCUAGUGGGCAAGGCGACGGCGUAUCUGUCGAGCACGUUCCCGCUGAGCAAGAAGCAGCGAGCCAAGGUGCUUGUCAAGACGCCGAAGAAGUGGGCGGGCUCGCUGGAGAAGCCCGGGGUGCCGUACGCGCUGCGGGCGCUGACCGGGCUUGUGGCGCGCCACGCGCCGUCGCAGGCUGCGCUGGCGGAAAACGACUUGCUCAAGGUGAUCCGGCUGCUGGAGGAAGUCUCGCUGGCAGAGCUCAACAUCGGGUCGAUGGCGGAGGAUCUGCUGCGGGCUGCCGGUGAGGAGAACGAGGCGAUGGCUGAAGCGAUCGAGUCGUUGCGCGAGGCAUCGCGGAAGGAGAAGGCGGCCAAGGCACUGGCGCACAAGAUCAAAACGCUGCGCAAGGCCGGGUUCAACGUCGACGACGAAGGCAACGUGAUCAAGGCCAAGGCCGGUGACAAGUCGUCGGGCAUCAACCUCGCUGAAGUGGAGGAGGAGACCGGCGACGCGUGCAUGAUUUGCCGCGAAGGGUACAAGUUCCGACCGGACGACGUGCUGGGGUUCUACGUGUACACCACCCGGCACGAGAUGCGUGCGCUCGACGAUACAGCAUCGCGAAGUGAGCGCGGGUACUCGACGGUGACACAAUUCAACGUGGUCCACUUUACCUGCCACCAAAAGGCGGCCGAGGCCGACCGCAAGGGCAAGAGCGCCAAGGAGGAAUGGGAGGGCGCUGCGCUGCGCAACAACCACUCGCGAUGCAACAACAUCCAUCCGAUGUACGGCAAGUCGACGCAGCAGUCGUCGUACCUGACGUACAUGGAGCAGUUCUGGAACCAGCUGCACUCGAGCAUGGGCCGCGUGGACAUGCCGCGGAUGCGGGCGCUGGCGCACGAUGUGCGGAUCCUGCUGCUGCACUACGCUGACCAGGACUCGUUUGUCGACUAUGGUGGGCGCGAGUCGAACAUCAAGGCGCUACCGCACGUCCUGCAGCACGGGCUUAUGGUUCUCGACGUGGCAUCGGGCUCGAGCUCGAGCUCGAGCUCGGGCUCGGGCUCUGGAGCCAGUUCGCGGGCGGCGUUUGCGUCUGCGCUUGAGGCGUGGUUCAACACGCCGGUGGGCGAGUGGGCAGGUGCGGCCAAGAACGUUGACAACGCCGGGUUUAUGCUUGUGGCCUCACUCUGGCUCUUGCCGCGCGACGUUUGGGCUGCGGCCCGAGUGGCAUUCCUCAAACGGACGGUGGUGUGGGGCGCCCUGCGGGCCAGCGCACGGGCCGAGGCCGGACCCAGCGGCGAGGCGGAAGCGGGAGAAGCAUCGCGCUACGCUAAGCUCGCGCCGGCGCUCGCGCUCUUUGCCAUGGUCGACAAGAUGCACGAGGUGUUCAAGCGCGACGCCCGGCCGUCGCCCGGCUCGGCUGUGUCUGCAGCGGCUUCUGCGGCGGCAGUGGCCGGCACCAAAGAGGCGCCCAGUCUGACCGUGGGGAGCCGGACAACGGCAGCGUGGAUCAAGUCGUUUGGUGCGGCGCUCCGCAAGCCGUCGCAGGCGCUGGAGGAGAUGUCGCUCGAGAUCCUGGACUUUGUGGUCCGCGAGGUUGGUGGCGUCGACUCGGUGGCAGCAUGGGCCGGCGUCGUUGGCGUUGGUGACGUCGACGACACGUGGGUGGCGGACGUGCUCGCAGCAGCUGACGUCGAGCUCUGAGCCAAAUGCGGUAAACAGUUGUAAGUGUGGA